AUGUUCCGUCCCGCCGCUCGAGCGCUGGCUCGCGCGCCUGCUGUCGCGGCCCGUAUCCCGGCAAACACUCGAUUGAUAAGCACCGCCAAUCCUGUCUCCAAACCGCGAAGCUGGAAGAGCAUCUUUGUCCGCCUCGGUCUGGCGGGUGGCGCCGUCUACUACUACAACACAAGCGAUGUCUUUGCUAGUGAGCCCUCUUUUUCCGUCAUGAGCCACCUCAACAAAGAAAGCACCGAAGACACUCCCGCACCCAGCCUCAACUCUGUCACCCCCAAGAUCCAGGAAGAGAAGGUUGUCUCCCAGUCACAGCCCAAGGCUGAUGCGCCUGCCCACACGACGUCGCCCGCCGAUCCUGCCGCGGACGCCGCUGCUGUGGAAAUCAACCCGCAGGUAGGCAUUGACUCAGAGGAGCCCCCCGAGUCGGCGGCUUUCAACCCAGAGACCGGCGAGAUCAACUGGGAUUGCCCUUGCCUGGGCGGUAUGGCCCACGGUCCCUGCGGCGAGGAGUUCAGGGCAGCAUUCUCUUGCUUCGUCUACUCCAACGAGGAGCCCAAGGGUAUUGAGUGUAUUGAAAAGUUCAAGGGCAUGCAAGAUUGCUUCCGUCAACAUCCAGACGUCUACGGCGCGGAGCUGGAGGAUGAUGAGCCCGAGGGCGAGGCUCCAUCUUCGGCUGCCGCCAAUGUCGAGCUGGCCGAGGGCGACGAACUGGUUCCCAAGGCUCACCACGAUCUGGGCGAGAAGACCGACGCCGCCAAAUGA